GAGGCUGGAAUAUCACCCGUUUCUUCAGUAAAAUACACAUUUAACUCUCAAAUAUUAACAUCAUCAUUCUAAGAAUUAAAAGAAAGUAACGUUAUUAUUUUUUGGGCGUGAGUUGUGAAUUGGUACGCAAUUGUUUGAAUAUUCAAAUGUGUUUCUAUUAAGUAAGAGUUGGUUUAAACGGGUUUUCGACACGUCGGGACGCCGAGCUGUUAGUCGCUCCAAGAGCGGAGUUCAAAUGCAGCUGAUAAAGUGCACAGAGUAAUGGUUCCAGUUAGGGAAAAUGGUCCUUAGAGAUGGUGCCCAGUAGUUUUUAGUGAUCGGUGGUGGUGGAAGGGAUUUGGAGUAAUAAUAAAGCGAAAUAAAAGGCAGAGACGUGGUAUGAGCCGGGCCACAUGCAGUCGGUGGCUUCGGGUCAGGUAGAAGGAUCACAAACAAAAAAUUACAUAUAUAUUUUCAGUCGUUAUGCCUUAAUAGUUCGAACUUUUGGGUUUCGAUUAUGAUUGUGAUAUUUGAUCAGUAAGUUUGUUUUGUAAUUGGUGAUAACAAUAAUGCCGUGAACAAUGUAAGAAAUGAUUCUUUCCGUCUGUCCCUCCGAGACUCAUUUUUGGUACGGACCAUCGCAAGUGCACGUCGAACUAGUCCACGAAGUGCAAAUCUAGUCAAAGAAGCGAUGCAAAUUUGAAAUCAAUUAGGCAUGGAUUUCGCGACGGUAAGACAAUACCUAAUCACCAGCUCCUUUGUCCUGGGCACCGUCGGUAAUUUGGCGGCCCUAUGGAUCCUAUAUAAAUCCUCGAAGAUGAGAAACCCCAAGCACGUUCUGAUGCUCAGGUGCCUGGCAGUCAACGAUUUGAUAGCGCAAGUAGGGAUGCUUCUACUUACAAACCUACCCAAGUACAUCACGAUCCCGGUCUACUGGAAGUGCACCUUCUUUGUGAUGCUAAGGGCUUUCGGCCUUGGCUCCGGCUGUCUCGCAUUCGUCAUGGCCAUGGAGAGGUGGCUCGCCCUCACCAGACCCUUCGUAUAUCAACAGUACGUGACAAAAAUAGUCCUAAAACGAGUCAUAUUCUCCUUGUGGACCUUCGCCGCUCUGUUAACUUUGAUGCCGCUCUUCGGGUUCGGUCUUUUCUACGAAGAUGGAAAAUGCCACAGGUAUAGAGAGGCCACCCAGCUACGAGACAUUAUCUACGCCUAUCUCUUUUUCACGUUUGGGACGAGCCUGUGCACGUGCAUAGCGUUCUUCAACACGAAAGUCUUCUACGCCCUCUCGCACAUCGGUAAAAAGCAAAAGAAAGUCCUCGUGCGUAGAAUCAGCCGCUCAAUCAUCAAAGAAAAGAAGACGCGAAACUUAGCGCUUCCUGAAGAACUUGCCUUCGCUAAACUCAUGGCCUUCAUAUGCAUUGUCUUCAUUCUCUGCUGGAUGCCUCAAAUGGUUGCUAUCCCUCUGGGACACUUCUUCGCCGAAUCGAAAUUGUACAGGGUAUUAGCACGUAUCGCUGACGUGUUGAUGUGUGUCUACUUUACGCUCGAUCCGUAUAUCUAUGUGUUGCAUCAGUACAUGGAAAAGGGCAGAUUCAGGGUGCCGUUCAAAUGGCAGAGGUCAAAUCCAGCAACACCCACGACCGAAAUAAUCCGACCUCCGUCCUUCAGCCUCGGCCAAAUGCAGACCGAAACCGUCUAAGUAGACAUCCGAGUCGCGCUUAAUUUCUAUGUGCCAUACGAGCUUAACUGUUGUAAAUAGUUGUUUGUAGAUCAAUUUAAAUAAAACCAAACGAAAAGCCAAUGAAUAGGGAGAGCAGACGACAACAACGAAUCUCCGCUCGUCAACGACGACGUGCGGCCUGCAACGUAGAUAAAUUCUAUUAUCAGUGGGCGUUCUGAUAACAUUAUUUACCCGCUUUAUGUGAUUGCGUUAUGCAACGUACCUGCAUCGAGUUAAAGAAAGAGGAUAUACUCGAUUGUUAUGUAUUAGAAAUAUGUAUUCUAUUAAAAAGAAACAAUUUUAUUCUCGUUCUACUUGUAGAAUCUUUAGA